CUACAAUAACAUCGUCGUGAAGGGGUCUCUAGCGAUUGUUUUUGCGAUUAAGUUAAAAAUGAAUGAUCAGUGAAGGUCAAAUCUUUAGCAGAUUGGAGAAGACUUCUUGGUGCAUGAAGCUCGAAGUGCUGUUACCAGGGCUUUACACUGUUAAAGAGCACCAAAACAAACAGAGACGGAGCAGAGGGAAUGAAAGACUGCAGUGUUUCUGGUCCUGACUUCACAUGCGAUUCCUUGUUGGCUGGCUGGAGUGACGGUUGACAGGCUUCCCCAUCAGACUGGGCAGAUGUCCCUCUCAUUUGGGCCUGACUGGAAAGGAAGUGGGAACAUAUGGGGAGAAGGACAGAAUCCAUGGAGGAAAAAAAAAAAAGUGGAGGCAGAGGGGAGUGAGGAGGAGGAGGAGGAGAGCCACUUUCCUGGAACAGUGGAGUUAAAACAGGAGGCUGAAGACCUUCAAACCAUCCGAGAGGAACAUCAACAUGGCGGCUUACCUGUUGGAGACAUGAAGACACACCAUUAUCCAAUUUGAGUUGGCUUCCAAAUAAAUGUUGCUAACCAGAAUGCCCUCUGAGGACAGACACCUAUCAUCCAGCUGUGGUUCUUACGUCAAAACCGAGCCAUCCAGUCCUUCCUCCUCGCUUGUAGACACCGGCAGUCACCACAGUCCCAGCGGAAACUCAGACGCCAGCGGCGGCUACAUAAACGGCAGACACACGCACGCACUCGACUCUCCGCCAAUGUUCAACCCAGCCAUGCUUGGCGGUGGUGCCGCCUGCCUACGCCGCUACGAGGAGUGCGCCGGUGUGGUGGACGACUCCCCAAUCAAGUGCGAGUACAUGCUCAACGCCAUUCCCAAGAGGCUGUGCCUGGUGUGUGGUGACAUUGCCUCAGGGUACCACUACGGGGUGGCCUCCUGUGAGGCAUGCAAAGCCUUUUUCAAAAGGACGAUACAAGGGAAUAUUGAGUACAGCUGUCCAGCCACCAACGAAUGUGAGAUCACCAAAAGGAGACGCAAGUCGUGCCAGGCCUGCCGCUUCAUGAAAUGUCUUAAAGUUGGCAUGUUGAAAGAGGGCGUACGUCUGGACCGGGUGAGAGGGGGGAGACAGAAGUACAAACGGAGGUUGGACGCAGAGAACAGCGCCUACCUCGGCCUCAGCAUCCCCCCUCCUGCCAAAAAGCCAUUGACGAAGAUCGUUUCCCAUCUGUUGGUGGUGGAGCCGGAGAAGAUCUAUGCCAUGCCCGACCCCACCAUGCCCGACGGAGACAUCAAGGCCCUGACCACGCUGUGCGACCUGGCCGACCGCGAACUGGUGGUCAUCAUCGGCUGGGCCAAACAUAUCCCAGGUUUUUCCACUCUCUCGCUGGCUGACCAGAUGAGUCUACUGCAGAGCGCCUGGAUGGAGAUCCUGGUGCUGAGCAUCGUGUUUCGCUCGCUGCCCUGCGAGGACGAGAUCGUGUAUGCAGAGGACUACGUGGUGGACGAGGAGCAGGCGAGGAUUUCAGGGCUGCUGGACCUGCACGUCGCCAUCCUGCCGCUGGUGCGACGCUACAAGAAGCUGCGCAUGGAGAAAGAGGAGUUUGUCACCCUGAAAGCCAUCGCACUCGCCAACUCAGACUCCAUGCACAUAGAGAACAUCGAGGCCGUCCAAAGGCUCCAGGAUUCUCUCCACGAGGCUCUGCAGGACUUUGAGGGCCAGCAUCCAGAGGACCCAAGGCGGGCAGGCAAGCUGCUGAUGACCCUGCCGCUGCUCCGUCAGACCGCCACCAAGGCCGUCCAGCACUUCUACAGCAUCAAAAUGCAGGGCAAAGUCCCCAUGCACAAACUAUUCCUUGAGAUGUUGGAGGCCAAGGCUUGACACCCAGGCCAGAUGUUUGACAGACAGCUGCAUCACUCAACGGGAGGCGAGGGACAGUCCAUAAAAAAUGUAAAGGUGGUGUGCCAAUAGAGAGAGGAUGAAGCUUGGACUACUGAGUCAUUUUAACACUUUUAAAUGGUAAUAAACAUUAAAGAAGAAGGGACUAGAAAUGGUUUUAAAAGGGGUGAAUAUCAACUUGAUUGACAUGGGAUCAUGAGGAUGUAUAUAAAGACGUUCUGUACAGAAAUCAGGCAACUGAGGUCUUGUUAUAACCAGAGGCCCGUUGCUCUAUAUCACCUGAAGCUUCUGUGAAUUUGUUUCUUAUCUUAUUUUCAUCUCAAAACAAAGUGUGUUAAUAUAAAUGUCCUAAAGAACUGUACGGCCACGUAGCCACAUCACGUGUUUUUGUUUUGUUUCUUUCAUAUUUUUGAAUCUCAGCUGUUAAAGCAAUAGUCUCUAACUGGUCUACAUAUAAUAUGUGUACUGUAUAUUGUGUGAAAUUGCACUGGGCAAGGGCGAGAAUUGUUAGACAUAUUCUUAUAUUCGUCAUCAAAGAAAGCGGUACCCACCACGGGUCUGUGGGAUUCUCGAUUUCCUCCUAAUAUAUUUACCUCGUAGUAGCUUCAUCGACUCAGCAGUUUUAGUCAACUUGGUGCUUUCAGAGGGACAAUGGUUGGCCGGUGAUCACAGUUCACAAAGAGUUUGCACUGAGCAUCAGUGAAUAAAUGGCAAUAAUGGGUACUAGCAAGCUCCAGCCUCAGUCGAUGUUUUUUUUCUUAUUAACCCUAAACUCCCUUCUCAAUUCUCUGUGUUCAGUGCCCUACAUUAAUAUUGGAAACUAAGCAUACUGUGAAAAAAACACAUGAUAAGCUAUAUUUGUGCCGAGAGCUUUUAAACCGUACGGCUUGUUAAAGAAAAGUGUAUUUAAUUUAAAUCAAAUACAGAAACAUCUAUGCAAUUCAAUGCAAUCUAAAACGCUCUGUCAUGAAACCUGAUAGCCCUGCAAUAAAUACUACCUUUGGGAAGUUUAUUUAAUGUUCAUUCUGUGUCACAUAGGUGCUGAUUCAACUCAAUUUUAGAGGCUGUAGUUUGUGGCGGUAUUAGAUUGCAUUAUAUUGUAUAGGUUUUGCUUUUGCACUUUGUUUAGGUUGUAUGCGCAAACAACAAAUGUCACUAUAUUGAUGGUGUUAGUUUUAUAGGUUAUGUUUUGUUCAUUUUAAGUCAAAGUCCCGUGUGAUACCAAAGUCGACUUGUUAGCUUCAUCUAAACUUCAAAACAUAUUUUUGAUCCUGCAUUUUUGUUCUUGGUGUGAACUAUAGGUCAAAUAUUGUGGCCCCUGAGUGUGAAAACUUUGAAAUAUGACAAAACCAUAAUUUCUUCAUGAAGGCUAGGAAAAUAUUUGGCAUGAUCUUUCUCCUUUCAUGACAAAUGCCAAAUUUGAAACAACUUUUUUAAUCUAUAUUAAAGACGCUCAAACGCACCCAUACAUAAGCUUUCAAUAGAGAUGUUUUGGUGUGAAACUUCACACAGUUGUCAUAGCUUAAGCUUUACAGAUCAUUUAUAUUAUCUCAUAAUUUCGAGCUAUAUUAAGAGUGGCAAGAUCACCUGAGUGUUUUGAGGCCUUUGUCUCAUUGUUUGUUAAAAUCUAAGCUGGCAGCCUGUUAAGUAAUAUAAUGAUACUUGUGACACUGAGAAUAACUUGAAUUACUGUUGAAAACAUUUUUUUUUAAAGGUUUAUCAGCUCUCAGAUUACAGCUCUUUGUCAUUCGGUGUCUUAAAAAAUGAUUGUGCUCAUCAUUCAGAUGGGCACUCUAUGUUCAUUUCUACAAACACUGACACAGGGUAAACUAUAUCAAUUUUAAUCCAGUUGCCAAAUUAUUAAAAGAAAGCAAUCAGAAUUAAGUGAUAGCUAUAAACCUAUUAUCAUAAGAUCUAAAUAUUACAGUAGUCAGCUGCUUUAGGACUUUAGUGAAACAGAUAUUGUCCCUUAUGAACACUUUGAAGCAGUCGUUUAUCUAAAGUGUUUUAAAGUGCCAUUAGCUUCCGCCCAAACAAGAAGAAAAACAUAAAGCCAAGUAAAUUAGACGUUCGCCACUUUCUACACUCAAAAUGAUCCCCAUAGGAACAGACCAUAUUGAUUCACUGUAAUGUGAUGCAUAGAUAAAUAUAACCCAAUACAGUAGAGAAUACCAUUCCCACGAUGCACUUCCCUAAUGAGUAACCCUCUAAUUCCUCCCCAAAUAAAGUGAGGGAUGAGUCUCUGCUGUACAGUAGCAAACCAAAGCUUAAAUAUCUUAGUGAAACAAAUUGUAAAACUGCAUUUUGAGCCAGCCAGUGACCAUUGUGGUUAUUUACAGUAUAAUAAUGGUCGUACUGUACCUUCAUUCUGCUUAUCAUCCAGCUGUGCGUCUGUUAUUUUCUGUACCAUCCUUUAAACCUGCGAUGGUGUUGAUAACCGCUAAACAAGCUGAAAACCUUUUUUCUUUUUUGUUCAUUCUUUAUAUGCAUUGAUUAAACAUCUGUCACUUGUGUGAAGAAGUAAGAGAUGAAACUACCGUGAAAAAGUGAUGUUUUCAUGUUACCAUGGUUAAAGGAGACUGUUUCUGGCCUAACUGACCUUCUCUCCUCUUCUUCACGUACCUCCUCUUUGCACUUGCAAGACAGAUAAUUGUUUCCUAACUUUCCCUUCUUGUCAAAUUAACACGAGAAAAUAAAAGAAAAAUGCCUAAUUUAUUUUCAGAGUUCUAAAACGGUUCUACUACAUCCAAUUAAUUCUAAUUGUCUCCUAAGCUGAAAUUCUCAAUAGAAAUGGAGCAAUUAAAUUUCUGCUUUGGCUCUACCUUGGGGACGAGAGACGUUUUAUUUCGGUUGACGGCGGGGAGGGUUUGUCUAAACCUUUACAAAGGCGAUUUCAUGGGUGUCUGUAAUAGUUUCAUAACAGAGCGAUCACUGGGCUAUGCAAGGCAAAUAUGGCCACCUAAGUUCCCUUGUGUUGUGUAGCAUCAGACGGACAUUUAGCUGUGCUUUGUUUACAACGUGGGCAUACUGUACAGAGCUGUACGCCGAAAUGUAUUGUGCAUAUUUCACCAUACUAUACUGUAGCUGCUGUGCAUUGAUAUUACCAUGAUUGUUUAUUCAUUUGCCCAUUUAAUGAAUCUUUCAAAAUGUAUCAGCAACUUCCACACACAUUAAGAGCCCACCUGAAUAGCUGUGUACUAUAAAUCACUGUAUUGAGUCAUGUAUGUCUGUUAUUUUGGUCUAAGGUGGGAUGUUUUUUUUCUUUUCUGUGUCUUGGUGUCUCUCAAAGCUGAAACAAACACUCUGUAUUGCCGUCCGUUUUGUUUCUGAGCACAGCAGGACGUAUAGCGAGUGAAGUAGUAGUCUAGACCCUAUACCUCAAUUCAUAUUUUGAAAAUUACACUGGGCUUGGAAGCGGGCCAUGGGUUUCUCCUGGGAAUCAGUGGCACAGAAAUAAAGUGACAUCACUGACUGGGUAUUAAAAAAAAUGUAGAUGAACCUGCUGCAAUUGGGGAACACAUUCCUCGGAGGAGAAAGCUGCUUAUUCGCUGUUCCAUUUGCGGACUUAUCGUAUCUCCAUGCACUCUGAGAUGACGAGAUUUGCAUAAAACAUGGAGGAACCUCCCUGGCCGUUCUUCUCCGCGGUGUAUAAAAGGACCCUGCUUAGGUGUGUGUACCGUAGACAUAUGAUUACCCAAGAGGUUUACUCCCCUCAAAAGCAAUAUGUUAGCAAUUGUGAUAUAUGAAUCAAGUUAAAAGGGAGCUGUGGUUCAUUGUAAUUAUAAAUGUACCCUAUGUUUGGAAAAAGACAGGGUAACUAUGCACACACAGAGUCCUGGAGACAAAAACAAUGUUGGGAUGAAGAAGCAAAAAGUCAACCACAGCUGGGUUUUACUGGACAGUAUUGUGUGGCAUUCUUUUGUGUUUUGUUUGUUGUGUUCAUGCCUAAUGUACCCAUGUGUAAAUAUAUGCUUUUUUUGGAGUGAGUCAGAUCUAACUGCACUGAAUGUACAGUGACAAUAAAAUCACAUGGUUUAUGUAA